CACUCAUCGAACUCGAGCAAAUACUAGUGAUAGGUUUAGACCCAGUAUCUACGUAAGAAGUUAUCUUGUGCUAGAAGUACUAAUCAUUCAGCAUCUACUUGAUCACAUUCACAAAGGGAGUUUCUUGAGCAGUAAGUAUACUGAAAAAUUUGAAGCGCCGUAAGCGACAUUUUUCAUUAAUUACAUCAAUAAUACCACCGGAAAAAUGACGGGUGGCGGCAUCAGCGAGCUGUCGGUGCCAGUCGACUUGACGCCAUUUGAAGCAGAGCACUUCAUUCAGCAGAUCGAGCCAUUAGACCUCGAAACCGUUGGGGAUAAAGCCUUCUUGGAUCAGUUAUGUUCUUAAAAGAAUGAAUGGUCGCUGUCUUAGUCUUUCUUUCGAGUUUUUCCAUUCGAAGAGCGUUUUGCUAGAUUUUCCUUCAUUGUUGCAUGAGCGGCAUUGUUGCAGGCGCAUUACCAGGCAGAAGACAAGACUGUCCUCCCCUUGCCACAGGCCUAGCUAGUUUAAACUUAAAUUAGUCUAAAAGUUAACUAGCUAGAUUCCUCCUUAAGCGUAGCUAAAAUUUAUUUUUGCCUUCCUUCAUUGUUGCAUGAGCGGGUGGACAAGCUAUCGGCUCAGGCGCAUUACCAGGCAGAAGACAAGACGGAUGAGUACAUCGUAGACCUCCUGAAUACGCACGAGAAGGUGCCGGUCCUGGUGCAUAACCUCAUAACCGUCGAAACGUGGAAGGAACAUUGCUGUAUGAAAGGAAGAACAAGAACAUUGUUUACUCCUGUAGGGAGCAAGGAUCAUUAGAAGGACGAUUUUUUGCACACGACUCAGAGACCCUACAUGUAAAGAGUGCGCCUAGUACUUGCAUACGCAAUUUCGUAGGAAGAAUUAUCAAAAUUUGAGAAGGUACGAAUAUCGACCAUAUUCAUAGACCAUUUCUUGGAUCCAGAAGAAUACUUCGACUAUAGACAACGUAGAUCAUAGUAGAACAAUCAGAGGUAAGUCAAUCAUUAGUAGAGAUAAAGAUGAGCUGUUUGUGUUUUAUACUACCUGAGUACUUGUAAUUAUGCAGCCAUCAGUUGUGAGUAACCUGUGCGUCAUCACUUAUGAGCACUUUAAUCUCGUUCCGCACCUGAAGGAGCACGUCAGCACCCUAAGCAGCUUGCGGAGCUACAUACCGAUUUACUCGGAGGCUUCUUUGUUAAGGCUUCCCACAUUUUUGCCUUCUGCACUUGCAUCCUUGACCACUUAAAUAUAAAAACAUAAACAAGCGGUUAGUUUUUCCCUCCUAGUAAACCUUAGAACUCCCUGCAUCAUUCUGAGACGUAGAUACUUACACGCACCAUGAAUGGGUCGCACAUUACCGAUUCCACGACUACUACUAAUACUACUGCUACGUGUCUUCAGGGAUCAUGUUUUUUUGAAGAGAGCAACGAAUGUUAAAACCUUCUCUAAUGUUGGUAUCUCUGGUAGAGAUGUGCCUGUACCAUUCGCAGUCAUGCGAGACAGCUGGAGACUCCCUGGUCGACCUGAUUGAUUACGUCUACCGAAAACUUACCUAUCUAGUCCAGCACCCCAACGCGAAACUCUACAGCUGGCCGCCGCAGAGCACAGAGGAAGCAUUGGCGAAAUCAGAGGUGGACCUGCUGAAUGAACAGUAUAUAUGGGCUCGUUGUUGUCGUGGGUUGUAAGAGGAGUACUCGAAGAUGCUGAUUAGGGGGAAUGAUCACGACCAUGACCUGGAUCAUGACUAGCUUGGGUUUGUUCGUUAUAAUAAUUGAAGAUACAUUUUGUAAUAUUCGCCAAAUAAUAACCUCAUAUUGUUUCUGUUUCCUCAAUUUAUUCCUCGUUGGCUUACAAGUUCUACUCUUUUGUGGGAUCUUGUCACAUCGAUUCACCCUGCCGAUAGGUGCAGCAAACCUAUUUAGGAUGCACAGAAUAGAAUAGAAUACGAGCAGUGGCUUACAAGUUAAGAGUAGCACCUGAACGCGUCACGAGUAAAGAACUCGAUUGCAGUGUUUCUCCUGACUUUGCAACUGGUUGACCUCACAAGUAGACACUAAUAGCUACAUAAGAGGCACCACGACAUGACAUGAUAUUCGCCAAAUAUUUCCCGGGGAACAUGUUUUGUUCUUCCUCAAACGGCCAUUUACAAGAGUGACUUUAUCUCUGACUUUAUUCACCCGAGGAGGCAGGUCAAACUGUGGACGGUGAAUCAAAUCCUAUCCUAUCCUCUGUGACUUCACAGGUUCCUGGACAUCGAGUUUCAGAUCUGCAUGUCGGCGCUGAACAUUUGCCGAUACCUCACGGACCACCGACAGCAUCUUCCUCUGACGCUGACGACUCGCUUGUUAGAGAACCACGACAUUCUGCUGACGCUUGUGCCCCUCAUGGAGAAGGCGCCUUGGAUAAGAAAGCGACGUGGCCAGUUCGAGAAGUUCGAAAAAAACGUGUGGAAAGUGGUACAACUAUUUUGAUGAUGGUGAAUUUCGAUUUUGAUUUUGAUGGUGCAGGAUAGAUUUACGUAUAAUGUAGUUCAUGUUGUUCAAUAUCGGCAAGCAACACAACUUCUAGACAAUCUACUUUUCAUUGUUCUCAACAUUAUAUUUAAACUUUCACCGCCUACCAAACCCAUCCUAUAAACUUUCAACGUCCUAGAAAUCAUCUUCUACUCCUUCCGCCUACCUUUUCCCCUCCAGAUCGAAGAGGACGAUCUUUGCACGCUACCGAAAAUGUCGUCGCAACUUUGGCUGACCAUGUAUAAUUUGAUCAUGGAUUCUCAAUGCAGGCAACGAUACGAGAUGCGAGGGCACCGAAAAGACAACUUGCUACGUCUUCGGAGAUUUCUCAACGAGAUUGUUUAUGGGACAUUCAUAUCUAUGUAGUAUUAAUCAAUAGGGUCGUUAUGUCUGGCCUUUUACUACCUGUAAAAACAUGUGUGGGAAGAUUUCUAGGGGUAAGCAUUAUUAAGAGCAGUAGUUUGUAGUAGAGGCGACUGCCCUAUUAAACUGCAUCCUUCCAGGAGUCGGUGACAAGACAACUAAAUAUGUUGUUAUACAUCGAAGAGGGAACAACUAGAACUAAAUUAUAUGUUCCCCGUAUGAAGAGUGUAGUUUUCAAACAAGGCAGCUGCAUUUAAGCGCAGAAGUUUGUAGUAGAGGCAACAUGAUAGAGAGAGCUCUAAACUCCAUUCGAUCAGAUCCCGCCACUUGUGGAGCUACUACGAACCCUUGAGGAAUUGGCGAUCGCGGGACAGUUAACGCAAGUACAAACCACCAAUCUCCCAGGACAGAGGCGUAUUUGAUUUUGAUCUUUUUGUCGGUCCAGCAAUCGUGUUGUACUAAAGAUUAAGAUUUCUUUUUUUUUUCUUUCCGGUUUACGAAGUGCCAUUGGCCCGGCUGGGCAGUUGUUGUGGGAGUUGGCCUUGUGCUGGCUGCCAUUUGGCUUCUACGGUGAUUACGACUGGUCAUAUCAGGAGCACAGCACACAUGACAUUUCAUUUUUUCCCAUUAAUAAAUACUGUUUUGUAGCUAAGCCUCCUAUGUAGCGGUUUUCAAUGACGAUUGGAAUCCAUCCUCCUCAUUUCAGCCAAUCCCUCGGAUUCCAUCUCGUCUGCGUUUUUUGUCGAGUUAGUAGCGGAGGUACGGGAAAGUCUGAUGCAGAGAUAUCGCGGUAGAUGGGAGAGUGUGGCUCGCACGCAGAAAGAAGAAAUCUUUACCAAGUUAUUCUGGGAGAGUGACUUAGAGAUAGAUUUUUACAUGAUUAGGAGUUCCUAAUCAUUGUAAGUUGUAGAUGUAGACUUUUUUUUUGUAAUCAAUCACUCACUCAUUCAGCACUCAUUCAGCACUCAUUCAGCACUCAUUCACUCACCCACUUACUCACUCACUCACUCACUCACUCAGUGUAACCCUAAGAAAUAUGUUCACCUCUUGUAGACCUAGACCAAUAUACUUAAGUAUGUCACCACGUUGCACAAGUAAGAGUAUCAUUUACGCUUACUUACAACAGUUCGUUGUAGGCAUCAUCAUCUUCUCAUCUUCUUUAUCAUCAUCAUCAUCAUCGCCUUUAUCGUCAUCAUCUCCCCUCUAAUCUCCGAAACCGAAGCGGAGAUGAAGCGGUUGCCGGAUUUGAUGUGCAUUCCGCGAUUAGACGACGAGGAUGAGCCAGAGACUUUAGAGGCCCGAGUAGGGCAGAACGCCUUUGAAGGGAAGAAAACGUCAGACGACUGGAUCGCUGAAGUCGCUAGAGACAUCGGGAUUGAGCCAAGGAAACCGGGGAGCAAGGAGUCGAUCGGAGAAACGACAGCUACAGUUACGGCAAUGAGAAGAUGCCGAUAUUUGAUUACAUUUUUCAUAAGAGUCUAGUAUUUGGUAUCAUCCCACGUUUGCCUCCUUCUAAUCUCUCAUCUGAAUCUGAGAAUGCCGACAAGGAGAACGCUGUCCCCGAGAUCAAUUUUGAUACUCCUGCGAUGCGUGAGCUUUACCAAAAAGUACAUGGGAGGAAAGGCGCGCCGCCGACUGUUGACGCCGUUCCACAAGGCGACAUAGAUGAGAUGGACUGAUACUGAAUUGUUACAGUCUUUUUUCUAUGGAAAGCCUUGUCGUGCUAGAAGGGUGUGAGCAGUAGUUCUUGAUGGCAGAGGAGGUUGACGGAUUUUUCGAAGUGGUAGGUUGAGUCCUCUACUAGUUCUUGAUGGCAGAGGAGGUUGAGUCUACCAGUGGCAUCAUGGUUUUCACUUGCUCUAUCAUCACCACCUCUGACGUACAAACGAGCUCAACAUUCGCUGUACGGCGAUAUGAGAUCGAAAGACAUUACUUAUGGACUUUCCUACCUGGACUAGUUCUAGUAGAUGCUCUUUGUUGAGAGUGUACGUAGCAGAUGCUCGGACGCGUCUCAGGACAAAGCGUUAUUGGACGAUCAGAUUUCAGAGACUAGAGUGGCGCUUUCGAGCAAGAGGCAUGUUAAUCGGUUAGGCGCUUUGUCGUGUCUUGUGCAUCCAGUAUGAGGAGAGACAAGAGCGGACGAACGUGCGUGAGAUGCGAGAAAAAA